AUGGCCGACGGUGUAUACACUCUCCAGGAGGUAGCGAAGCAUACCAGCAAGACCGAUCUAUGGGUCACCCUCUGGAACCACGUCUACAAUGUGACGGACUACCAAGAAGACCACCCUGGUGGUAAAGAGUUCUUGCUGGAGAACGCCGGCACAGACGCAACAACCGCCUACGAAGACAUCGGCCAUUCCACCGACGCACGCGAGAUCCUCGAGAACUUCCGCAUUGGGCGCAUCGCAGACGAGGACUGGACCGACCAUGAAGCCGCAAAGAUGCCCACGAUCACGCCGAGCAGAGUACACGUUGUUAACAACUUGCCGCCGCCGAAAUCGUGGCGGUUGCAUCUUGGAGCUAUUGGAUUUGGUCUGACAUCUGUCGUGCUCUCCAUAGUCGCAGGCCGACGCUUCUCGCCGCUGCUGCACCGACUCCAAAGCGCCGGUUUCUGGAAGGGUUUCGCCGUGUCCUCCAUCGCGAGCAUGGCUCUAGCCGGCUACGCCAGCCUAUGGGCAACCAAGAGCUUCGACGUCGCGCACAAAGACUUCCAAUCCUACCCCGCGCACAUCAAAGCCAAAUCCAUGUCGUCGAAGCCAACGAAGAAAAAGGAUAUCAAUCUCGGCGUACUCAACGCCCGCGUCUACCAGCCCUUCCCCUUAAUCGACAAAUUCAACAUCUCCCACGACACAAUCCGCUUCGUCUUCGGGCUGCCGAAUGAGAACUCCGUGUUGGGGCUGCCGACGGGCCAACACAUUGCCAUCAGACACGAAGUCGACGGGAAGCAACUCGCGCGCUCUUACACGCCUACGUCUAGCAACAAGGACCGCGGACGUCUGGAACUCACUGUCAAGAUCUACGAGGGUGGUAAACUGACACCCUGGUUGAGCAAGCUGAACGUCGGCGACACCGUUGAGAUCCGUGGACCCAAGGGCGAGAUGAAAUACCACAAGAACCUCGUCAAGGAACUCGGUAUGAUCGCUGGUGGCACGGGUAUAACACCCAUGUUCCAGAUCAUCCGCCGUAUCUGCGAAGACCCGCGCGACGAUACCAGGACGACGCUGCUUUAUGCCAAUAAGACUGAAGAAGACAUCCUGCUCAAGGAUGAACUCGACAAGUUUGCGGAGACGUACGAGCAGUUUAAUGUGCACUACGUUUUGAGCAGCCCUUCGGAGAGCUGGAAAGGCGAGAAGGGGCGUAUCAGCAAGAGCAUGAUUGAGCAGCGUCUGCCUGCGCCGGCGGGUAUGGAUAGCAAGGUUCUUGUUUGCGGGCCGGAUCCGAUGAUGGAGAGUAUGGUUGGGUAUUUGCAGGAACGGGGGUUUAAGGCACCUGGCAAAAUCUCGAAGCCUCAGGAUGAGAUCUUCACUUUCCAGUGA